AUGGUGAACUGCACGUUUCCAGAGGUGCUUGGAGCACGGGUUGUGGGCCGGGUUUCGGGUAGAGUUGCGGGCUCGCCUGUUAGCUCGCCAGCAUUGGGAAAGAGAAUGCAGAGGAACCAUAUCAUCUCCCCAUCAUCUCAGGCAGAUUCUGGUUCUGUUUUAAGGUCCAUUAGAGAUGAAAAACCUCUCCAUUAUACGUUACAAAUCCAACCCUUUUCGUUGCUCAAGACUGCACUUGCUACUUCCAGUCGUGACAGAUAUGAAUCCCCCAUCUUCAGUGUCGCCGGUUUUAAAUGGAAAUUAGCAGUCUAUCCCAGUGGAGAUGUGAAAAGAAAUGGGUCCAAUCAUAUAUCUCUCUAUUUGGUAACUGCUGAGGAUGACAUUCCUACUUUAGACCUCACUGUUGUGUUUACGAUUCUUGUUUAUGAUAAUCUCCGAGACAACUAUUUGGCAGUCCUAGAUGGGAAAGUAAGACGUUUUCAUGCAAUGAAGAAAGAGUGGGGGUUUGAAAAGUUGGUUUCACUUGAAACUUUCAACGACUCUUCAAAUGGGUUCUUAGUUGAUGAUUGUUGUGCAUUUGGAGUUGACAUUUUUGUAAUGAAAUGUGAUGGGAAAGGGGAGGCCCUUUCCUUGAUCAAGCAGCCCAAAAAUAACAAAUAUACUUGGAAAACCAACAACUUUUCACAACUAGAUGAGAAUAUGAAGAUGUCCUUAUAUCCCAAAGGAUCCCCCAAAGCGAGCCCGGACUAUUUGUCACUGUUCCUAAGAUGUGAGAGUUUGAAAGAACUUCCUCAAGGUUGUCGAGUGUAUGCUGAAUUUGAGAUAGCUGUGCUGAGUAAGUAUUGGUUCGAGUUUGGCGAUUUAGGUUUGGGUUUUCCGGAUUUCAUGUCUUUGAGAGAUCUCAAUGAAGUCACGAAGGGCUACAUUUGUGAUGACACUUUGAUUGUUGAAGUGAAGAUCAAUGUUGUGUCUACUUUGAAAGAGCUUUUCAAGAAGGAAAUUCAAUAA